CUGCUGGUAAACAGCGCGGUACACAAAAUCCCACUAAGCUUCUGUCCGGAAACAAUGCGGAUAAGUUAUUUAGGAUUUCUCCUGAUCAUAUUUCUUCGAAUAUCUUAUUCAGAAGGAAUAUGUGAAAUUCCUGACAAGUAUGUAAAAACACUGUUCUCUAUCGAAAACGGAAAAGAAACUACUACUCAGAUUCUUAAGUCUCAGUUAAUACAAACCAUAGAAAAUUUGUGGGGGUCAUGUCACAUGAUAGUGUCUGAAAAUCAGAAUACUGAAGCUGUGGAAGAUAUCGUCGUCCUAUAUAAAAAUUUGACAAAAGAUUGCUUUUUCUGUUAUGACUUCAUAUUUAGAAGUCCAAAUGUCCUUCAGUAUAGACGAAGUCAAUGCCAAAGACCAGAAUAUGGAUCAAAUGAAUCGACCAUAUGCUCCUCCCUUGUAGCAGCCGAACUUGAGACUGGAUUUGUCCGAUCUCGAGAGGAUUACUCAGAUUUUAACUGUAAAAGUAUCAUUGAAGGAGUUUACGCAUUUGAUUAUCGAAUUGUUGGAAGCACUGGAUUAUGCAGUAGUCCAUUCAGCAUAAUCAAAGCAUGUCAAAGGCAAGGAUCUCCCCUAAGAGACAAUUCUAUUUUGGAGCAAACAUUUGGUUACUGUCCAAACUUUCAGGACAAGUCAAUUCUUGAAGAUCCUAAUAUUGUUUUCGGGAAGGCAAACAUAUGGAGAUGUUAUGGUCGCUGGACAGAUAAAAGUGGAAACAUUUGGGCUGCAAUAGCCUAUGAUACAAAUCAGCUCAGGUUUAAAUACCGUUGUUUGACAACGCGCAUUGACCAACAAAAUCCUCAGGACACUUUCUACUGGGGAAUGUCAACAAAUUCUGAUUGUAAAGUAUUACAUAAUUAUAAUAAUGCACCUAUUCGACUUGAACUUCGACCUGCUUUUGAUCCGGACAGUCAGAUAAGCGAAUUACAACCAGGAUGUAAACUGCCAACAAAUUUCAGUGGACAUUGGUUUUAUCCUAGUGAAUAUCAAACUUCUGUUGAUAUUAAUGCAACACAUAUUUACAUGAAACGGAAACAAGCCAAUUAUUUGUAUGAUCAUAUCUAUUUUGUAUGCAGACAACAACAGGAAUCACGUUAUUUAAUGACAGUGGUAACCCUAGGGAAAUGUGAAACAGAUUUUAUGUGUAUGGAUUUUAUGCCAAGACAUCACAACAUAAUUCGUUUUCGUAUGGGUCGACCAUUCCCCCUACUGCCACGUGAACGACAGUCGUUGGGUGCAAGUUAUAUGCAGCGAUUAUAUCGUGAAGCAUGCCAUUGGAGUUCAUUUACCCUGAAUUACAUAGAAUGGACAUAUGAAUAUUUUAUUCAAGAUCCACCGACGCCUAUUAAUUGUCCGAUACAAGGUAAAUUUAAAUUUAUUCAACGCGGUCAAGAACAAGAGAAGUACACUACUAAAAUCCCCGGUGGAAUGACGCCUAGACCAUGGGUUCAAGUUCUAUGUUACAAUUAUUGGGAGUCGAAUAUUGAAGCUUGUUUAAACGAUCCAAAGACAUUACAACUUGAUGUGCAAAAAUGCUGGCGUUUAGAUUUUGCUGGUCAACCAUUAUCUGAAUACAACGUCGUGGAUAAUUACAUCACAUGUGUUGGUUAUUGGAUGGAGGAUACAAAAUCAUUUCUAGUCACAUAUGAUAAACAAGAUCCUGUAACGAACAAUUUCCGUUGUUGGAUCUAUAAACGCUUAGGUUUUCGUACCUAUUUAAUGUCACGUGGUCGUGGAAAUCGUUGUUCUAAAAUGCAAACAGCUGAAUCAUCAUUACCACAAGAAGGUGCCUCAUUAUUAUUAGAAUUAACUGAAGAUGAAUAUCAAUUUGAUGUUUGUCCAAUGUCAUGGGAUGAUGGACGUAAUCCAUAUGCAAAUCCAGCUAUCUUGGAUGUCUAUGCUGAUGGGUGUACACUGCAUCCGCUUCUAGGUCUUUUAACCAUGCUCAGUUUUGUACACAUUUUUUAUAUUGUCUUUGUUUAAAUUACUACUUACUACUUAUUUCUAAUCUGUGAAUACUGAUGUUUGUAUGUAUGUAUUUAUGUAGGACAAGAUAUUAUGUAAAAUUUUGGUUUGUUUUUCUACAACAUAUCAACCUUCAUUUUUGUUGUUGAUUUGUUUAUUUUUUAUCCAGUUAUUUUUGGAUAUUCUAGGGCAAAACAACUCACCAAUUUUCUAUUUUCUUUUUGUAUUAACCACAAUGAUUAAUAUUAGCAUCUGUCAGUGUAUUUGAAUAUAUAUAUAGAGAGAAA